ACGUGAUUCACAGUCAGUGACCAUAGUAUUAGUCACUAUGACUAUACACCAUAGAUGCAGCUCGACCGAAGCAUUAGCACGCAUCAGAUCACUAUUACAACUCCUACUACUUGUAGAAGUUGCAAAAUAGUGUGCGAAUGGACUGGAGGGUAAUAGGGUUAGUCCAUAAUCCCCAUAGUGUCCAUUUGGGCAUGUGAGCGAUAUUCUCUCCAAAUUAGCUAGCGAGAGGGAUUUUUUUUUUUUAAUCAAAUCGCAAUGGCACCAGCUCGAGGUGAAAUUAGUUAAAACAGUUAUCCCCCAUGAUUGAUCUGAAAAGCGCACUGUUGAUAUCGCCGUUAAAGAAGGCACACCGGACUGUAAUUUUUGGCCAAAGAGAAAUACCGAAUUGAAGAUGUCCCAUGGCCACUACACGUUUUCCCGGGAAAAGUGUAGACGCGAACUGGAGCUCUCCGACGUUAGACCGACUUGCAUGCGUGAACGGGACGCCGUGGAUCCUACACUUGCUGGGGGAGUGCGUCGAUAACGUGUGGGAGUACAGCAGUGUUGUGAUCGGACUCAUAUCUAUGGUCUGCUUUCUGCUAUCCACUUUGCCUCAGGUUCAUGAAUCCUAUCGGAGUGGUAAAGUGGAUGAGGCCAUGUCUUUUGGCUUCCUCUUCUUCCUUUUUAGUGGUGACGUCACAAGCUUUGCAGGCUGCUACCUCACCAGACAGUUGCCAAUUCAGGUGGUCACUGUGGUUUUCUAUAUCUUCACAGACCUGAUUCUCAUCUCUCAGUUUAUUUACUACAAGAUGAAGAACAACUCAAGAAGAAAGAGUCCUGUGUUGAAAUGGCUGUGUUUCCUGUGGUGUGGUGCUGCAACACUCCUCCUGUUGUUUUUACCCACACUCCUCGUAGACAAUAUUAAAACCUCAGACUCCACUAGCCCAAUUCCAUCCAAAUCAUUUGAAGUUUCUGGUUAUAUAUGCGGAUACUUGGCCACUGUAUUCUACCUAUCAUCUCGCCUUCCACAGCUCUAUAAAAAUUUCCGUAGGCAAUCUACUGAGGGCACAUCCUACCUGCUGUUUGGACUGGCAAUGAUGGGCAAUGGGACAUAUGGAUUGAGCGUAAUAAUGGUCCUACCAGCACUAAAGGACUCGAAACAGAAUUUCAUCAUCAAGCAUCUGGCGUGGCUUAUAGGCAGUAUGGGUGUCCUAAUUUUAGACUUCUUUGUAACGAUCCAGUUCAUUGUGUACAGAAAGAAUAAUCCUGCCAAAAUACACACACCACUCACUCCACUGGAAGUUGACCCUCUCCUGUGUGAUGAAGAGGAGCUUUCAGUCUUUUAAUACCACCACCGUAGAUCGCCACUUAUUUUUAUUUAAUUUUUAAUCUGUUUUAUAUGAUACCAUUCUAUUCAUUGAGAAAACAGCACAGACAUUUAUACGUACUAUACUAGGUCUGAGUGAUUGUGACAAAAAUCUAAAUUACAACCUUCUAUCUUAAUUUUGGUUAAUGUGUGGUUAUGAUAAAAACCUUGUUUUUCUUGCCAGCAGAAUUAAUACUCUGGUGUUAAUGUAAAAGAAUUAUGGUGCUUGCGUCUUAAUGAAAAUCAUAUUUUUUCACAAGAAAAAUAUGUUAACUUUCCCUAAACAAUACGAAAUUAAUUAAAGGGAGAAGAUGAUGGAACUUUUGCAAACAAAAGAAACACUGGCAUGUAAAAACUGAAAAUAAUUUCUCGUGCAAAUAACCCUCGUGAAGUUGGUCCCUCAUCAUACGCAAAUUUAUAAGGCUGGGACGAUCCGCUUUUGUCACGAUCCAAUCCGUAUCUCGAUGCCAGUGUGGCGAUCCAAUACGUAUUGCGAUACUUCAACUAUGGCAACAUAUGACCUUUUAAAAUGGAUAAAAACACAGAGGAAUGUAUCUCCGUUUAAACUAGAUGCCAUUUGAUGUUCUUUUUGUUUGUUUGUUUACAUAGAAAUAGGCAUGACGUGAUAACAAUUUUUAGGUGCUAUAUUGUCUCAUAAAUUAUUGAAGAUAUGGAAUAUUAUUGCAAUUUUUUUUAACCAAUUCAACCACUAAUGUAGUGACAAUCAUUCUAAUAAAUCACCCAUUCACUGCAAUAAAUUGUUAUUCUUCAAUAAAGCAAACUAAAAUAAUAUUUAAAUAAAAAAACACAAUGCAUGAUGUGUCAUUUGAAAGCUAGCUAAGUGCAGAAUAUGAAAUGGGUGAGAAACCCAACGCUAUUUGUGUUCUAUCCCAAUUAGAGCCCAUCAAAAGUGUUGUUUUGAUCCAAUGACUGUUAUCUUGUCCUGCAAAGUGCGCAUGUUAGCAAAUUUGAAGCCAAAUUAAUCAUUGCUAAUCAGAUUUUUCAUAACGGGUGUCAUUUUAAAGUUAUUCUUAGUGUAGAAUGUGAAGUAUGUGAGAUUUCCAGAAAUCUUUUUUAUUUUACAUGAUGAACAUUACGUGCUUUUAUUUUGAAUUGUUCACCGGAAUUAUGUUUGCUAAGCCACUAACAGUAAGCUUUACACUCAGUAAAAAAAAUAUAUAACAAAGUGCACUAGUUAUUUUCGUAAUACAUGUGGUGACAGUAAUAGAUUAUUUCUCUUUUUCGCACCGUUUGAAGUGUCACCUUUUAACCGCAAGUUUGCGUCUUGGAGAAGACUGCCAAUGUUCUAUAGCAGGCUAAAGUGGUUAGUACAGGGGUGGGCAAACCGGUCCUCGAGGGCCGCAGUGGGUCCUGGUCUUUGUUCCAACUGAUUCAGCAUACACAGUAUAACCAAUGAGGUUUCAGUGGAAACAAGGAGCACCUGACUGCAAUCAACUGAUUGCAUUUGUAAAAAACCAGAUUGGUGAAAGGCUGGCCUCAUGAUGGGUAUGAACAAAAACCCGCACCCACUGCGGCCCUUUGUGGAAUUAAUUGCCCACCCCUGGGUUAGUACAUUGUCUUUUCUCCAUUAGCCUCAAUGUAGCAAUGCUAACAUUUUACAAUGUUUAAUAUAAAUGUGUUCUCUUAUUUUGUAUGUCUAAACUUUCAUUCUACGGGGUGUUGAUGACUAAUAAACAUCUGAAAGGAACUCUGUGAAAGGAAGGAGGUUUCAUAUGAUUUCAACAUGCAUGUGUGCCGAAUGCAUGCAGCACACCCAAACACGCACACACAAAUGUAUGCACGCACGCUCGCGGCGAUUAAACGCAGCCGGGAAAAUUACCAACCUCAUUUUUAUUUACUGUGUGAUUAAUUGACUUAUUGCAAAUUGUGACAGGCUUACAUAGAGAAGUGCAUUAACUGUUGCAGCAACUGUUCCUGCGCAAAAUAGAACAAAAACUAUUUAAAACACUUCACAUUUCAUACAGAGUCCCAAUAGCGAAAAAAAAAUUCUUCCAAAAAAAAGUUUUAAACAUGUUACUGUCCUACUCAAUUACUUUUAAACAAGAAUACCGUUGAAAAAAACUUGUCUUUAUUAAAUACUUCAUUGAGUCAGUCGACCAAUGUCCGCUCACUCUGCUCAGAACACUUACACAACCGCAAGUGUUUAAACAAACUCAACAACGCGGCGUCUCUAAAGUAUAGCGUUCCCAGGUUCCUCUGGCAAGACCAAAGCUUCAACAGCUGUCGCUCAUCAUUUACCUUAACAAGCAAUCUAGAGCGCACUGCUGACCAAGAAAAGCAGCAGGAUGGAGAGUGAUUGGAUCGGGACAUCUCUAGUUUACUGGCUUGUUGCCGGUCCUGAGUUGGCGCAGCACAGUAGAAGUAUCUAAGUAUCGAUCGUGUAUCGAUAUUUGGAUCGUGACAUAAAGGAUCAGGAUAUAUCGCCGGAUGACAUUCUUUCCCAUCACUACAAAUUUCAAUUAAAAAUGAUGUCAAUCAUUUGUGUUAUGUUUGUUCUGUAAAAACUUUUUUUUGCGCUACUAGGGUCAACCAGCCCCCCAUUAAAAAUGGCUAAAAAUUGUGUCAAUCGUUUGUGCUGUUAAAACCUGUUUGUGCUGCAACGAUUUUGUAGAUAUUCUGCUUUUAAUCUGUAGUGAUGAUGUCACACGGCCCCCAUUUAUUGUAUUAUGGACCUGAAGUGGUGUAAUUCGCUUGUGCUGUAAAAAAUUUGGUUUGGACUGCUACCAUUUUAUAGAUAUUAAGAUAUUGAUUUCGUGUGAUGACAUCACUCGCAGCACCCCAUUUAUUGCAAAAUGGAACUGAAGUGGUGCCAUUCAUUUGUACUACAUUUGCGCUCGUUUGAGCUGUAAAAAUUUUGAUUUUUGCUGCAAUGGUUUUGUAAUUUUUACAAAUUAUAUAUUUUUAAAACAAAUAGCACAGUAGUGUUUGUGGUGGUGGUGGUGGUGGUGACGUUGACAUUACAAAUUAAAAAUGUGUAAUAUCAAUAAAACACUUUGUGGUGGUGGCGCCAUCCGUACAAUGUGUAAAAUCUAUGAAACCAUUGCAGCGCAAACCAAAAGUUUCAAAGUUUUUAACAGGACAAUUGAAAGGUCACAUAUCCGGGUCAAGUAGGGCUGAAGGGGUAGGGGGGUCGGUUGAACGCUUGAUAACCUAAAAACAAUACGGUAAUUUGAAAUAACUGCAAAGCCGUGGCAGCACAAACAAAGCUUUUUCAGAACACAAAUGUAGGACAAACGAACAGCACCACUUUGGGUCCCAUUUUGCACUAAAUGGGGGGAUGCAAAUGACGUCAUCACUCGAAAUGAAUAUAUCAAUAUCUGUAAAAGAAGUCCAAACAACAUUUUUUACAGCACAAACAAAUUACCUCACGUCAGGUCCAUGAUGUAGUAAAUGGGGCGCUGCAUCACCUCAUCACUACAAAUUAAAAGCAGAAUAUCUACAAACCCUUGCAGCACGAACAAAAAAUUGUACAGCACAAACGAUUGUCACCAUUUUGGGGCAUUUUUAAUUUACCUCAGAAUGACCUCUAAAAGAAUUGUAUGUAUCUCAAAAACGAUCGCAGCACAAACCAAACUUUUUACAGAGCAAACGAUUGACAUAAUUUUUUAUAUAAAUUUGUGUCUGACGAUGGCCCAACUUCACGGAGGUAAAGAAAUAUACUUACAUAUGUUUUAGGCUGCUAUCAUUUAUCUUUAAUUUUGCCUCAAACUUCAUACCCAGUUAAUUUAAUUAUUGACAGAUUUAUUGUUUCCGCUAGACACUGAAACUGUUUCACUGCAUUUUUUGUACUUUGUUACAUUUUGUUCAACGUCAUCUAUGUUCAUACCAAACAGGAAAUAGUUCUGGAGCGAGUUUGUCUACGGGGAUUGCUUGUGGAGUCCUAUUGAGAAAUGUAGUUGCUUUGCAGAACCAAAAGGUCAAAGGAAGACAACGUAGAGAAGGAAUCGUGUCAAUAAGAUGGCCAGUGUUCGUACCAGUAUUUAUAAACAGUAACAUGAUGACAUCAUGGCGGCCUGUCAUGUCUGCCUGUAACUGCCAAUAGGGAAUUUUAACUGCAUUUUUAGUGCAUUUUGUUUUGUUGUACUGGCUUGUUUAAAUAAUUAGAAUAUUAUCUAUUUUAAAAAAACCAAGAUUUUGGAACAUUCAUUUUAAAGUACAGUAUAAGUAGGGUUGCCCACAGUCCCGGAUUGCACGGGACAUCCUAGAAUAUAGGAAGUUCCAAUUGGUACCGCCUUCCUAUAUUCCGGGUUGUCCCACGCAAUCAGGGACUGUUGGGGACCCUAAGGACAGUAUAAGUAAAAUGACAAACUAGCCCUGUCUGCUUCUGACUCUCACACAAAUGACUUGAGGUAGGCACUAGGAACCUAGCCAAUGAGGCCAUGGAAUACCAUGGGGAAAACAUAAAGUCAGGUCAAAUUUAUGUAAAUAUCUCUAAAUCCAGGGGUGAAAGUGGCAAGAAUUACUUGCCGGAACUCCCUGACGUGAAGGUCGCCACGGCACCAGAAAUUUUAUUUAUUUAUUUAUUUAUUCUUUCUUUUUUUGGGGGGGGUGGGGGGUCCAAACCUCUUAAAGUACUGAAAUGCAAAGAAAACUCUUUUAGUAGUUAUUUCUAUAACACAUAUAAAAAAAACAAUUUUUUCAAUGAUAUGCAAAAUAAAAGUGAACAAAAACAGCAAUAACCCCAACCUCCAUCUUCUUUUUAUUUCCUCACAUAAUAAAUGCCAAAUCUCAAUUUUAACUACUUAAGCACAUAGAAUGUAUAUUAAAAAUGAAGGUAAUGUAAACAUUUUUUAGUAAUAAAUAUAUUAGUAACAUACAUUCAGAUUCAGAAAAAUAAGUACAAAUGACUUAUAUUAUGCAGAGUAAAAUGGAAUAUAUUUUAAAGAUUGCGCAAAGAUUGGCUUUUUUAACUCAUUAGGAAAUGAAUAAGUAGCCUAUCAUUAAUGAACAAAUAUCCAGUCCAAAGUAAACAGUGACAGCUAAGAUGUUCCGAAACUUCCCAUCAGAGCAAAUAAAACUAAAUAUGAUAAAUAAGCCUCAACUCUUUCAUUGCUCUUAAAGAUUUGAUCAAUUUUAUGUUGCAUUGCCCUUUUUUGUCGCAUCAACCUUUUACUUUUAUUUUUUUUUUAUGUUCCAGAAAACAAAAUCACAAAUCAAACACAAACACAAUGAGAGCUAACUAUCCCUGCUGAUCACAUGUCAGUAUGCCAGCCAAUUGAACGGAUAAAUGAGUCCAGGCGUUUUGCUUUGCUGCGUGCAUUCGCACAUUGACGUGACUCGUCAUCCAUCGUCAGACUCCGAUAUCUGCAGCAGCUGGGGAAACUUCCAUACCGUCUGUGGAAUAAAAUAAAUAAUAAAUAUUGGUGGAAACAGAUGACGCUACACAAGCACUUUAUUAUGCUUGUUGUUAACACUUGUGUAUGUAAAUCUGAUAUUGGUAGAUUGUUUUCUUCUUGGAGAUGAAAUGCAUGUGUGGCAGCUUAGCAUUUUUUUUUUUUUUUUACAUAGCGUUUUGACAGUUGCCGUCAUAUUUUCAGAAUCAAAGCACAGUGUACCGGAACAGCCCUGAAUCUUAUACCGGAACUGCGUUCUGGCCCUGAAUCUUAUACCGGAACUGCGUUCCUGACCGUUCUGGCCCACUUUCACCCCUGCCUAAAUCCAGGGGUGAAAGUGGCUAGAAUUUCUUGCAGGAACUCCCCGACGUGAAGGUCGCCACGGAGCCAGAAAUGUUGUUUAUUUAUUUAUUUGUUUGUUUAUUUAUUUAUUUAUUUUCUUAACCUCUUAAAACUACUGAAAUGCAAAGAAAACUGUUUUGGCACAGUUAUUUCUAUAACACAUACAUAAACUGAUUUUCAUUCAAAAUUGUAUUUUUUCCAUAAUUUGCAAAAUAAAAGUUAACAAAAACAGCAAU